UGCGACGGAAGCGCUCGAAACAAGUCUUGGCGCGCGCGGAAACAUCCUACUCAUGCUGUACAGAUCGCUGGUGCUGCAGAACAGAAUCGGAAGAGCUUUCACCGGUCCUUCACGCUCGAAGCUUGAUUAUAUCUCGAGAAAAAUGUGCCUCAGAGACGCCGAAGUCACCCCGAAGUUACGCUUUGCCAAACUGAGCGAGCAUGCUACAGUUCCCUCAAAAGGAUCCGAAAGUGCGGCCGGAUUCGACCUCUCAAGUGCGUACGAAUACGUCGUGCCAGCUCACGGGAAGGUGGUGGCGCUGACCGAUCUCCAGAUUGCUGUACCAGAGGGAUGCUACGGUCGGGUCGCUCCCAGGUCGGGUCUUGCCGCGAAAAAAUUCAUCGAUGUCGGAGCUGGCGUGAUCGACUUCGAUUACCGAGGGAAUGUCGGAGUCGUUCUUUUCAACUUCGGCGAUGAAGACUUCAAAGUUUCGGAAGGGGAUCGAAUCGCGCAAUUGAUCUGCGAGAAGAUUUGUUACCCGCAACUCGAGGAGCUCAAAACCUUGGACGAGACCGAGAGGGGUGUUGGAGGUUUCGGCUCCACGGGGACCAAGUGAGCUCUCUCGGAUACUCGAAUGUGCCAACUCUUCUCUCUCUCUCACUCUCUCAGUAGUCCGGUGGGCGCCGUGACUUGAUUCCCUCAUAUCACGACAUCCCGGACGAUUUAUGCACACCAUCUGGACGAAAUUUGUUCCCCUAUGCUUUUCUGAUUUUUAUGGAGCAAUCUCGAUCCAUCAUACUAAAGAUGCCAAAUAUGAACCAGCUCGAAGUGUCGAACCUAGAUGUCUGGGGUGAAAUAAAACUCUGUCCGCA